UGCCAAAGAAAAAAAUUUGUUGUAUUAAUUUUUUUAUAAAAUAAUGUUCCGCUAAAGGAAGUUUAAGUUAGCGGAACAAUACCUUUAUAUUGAAAAAAUUACACGCAAAAAUAACGUCAAAAUUUUUUGCUCAUUUGUUGCUUACAAAAUAUGCUACUCUUGAUAUCGCUGCCUAUAGCGCGCGAUGUUUGCGUUUUCUUGAUAAAUUAAUUAUUUUUAGUGUUUUAUUGUUCUCUAGAAGGAAUAACGUAUUGUUGGCCGAAGGCACUCAUAGUUCGGAGUGGAUACGUUCAGGGAGAGGUUUUUAAGGGGUAGGCGAUGGAGGUAGUAUCGUUGGUGAUGUACCCUCAUCGAAUCCCUCACACUUCGGAGCACGGGCUCCGGGGUGUCUUCCCCCUCCUCGUUGGGUAAGUGUUGCUAUAGUAGCGGACCGGUGGGGGUGAUCUUGACAGGAUUAAACCCGAUUGCGUUGGCCUUGCUGAUUAGUCCGGUGGCACUCCCUCGUCGUAGAGCAGGGCAUGUGAAGAUUUUCCUCUUCAUCGUAAAACAAAAAAAAAGUGUUUUAUUGUUAACAACAAAUUCAGAUCUAGACAUUUUCGAUAGUACGAUGGCUGAGGACUAUUUUGGAGACAUAGUUAUCCGACUAACAAAUUUAUUUCUUGUAGUUUACCAUUGUAACUGUCUGUACAAUUGGUGAUUGUUUAUUGCUAUUGUUGCUUAUUUUGCAAGUAAUAAUAUUGAGAGUAGCAUAUUUUGUGAGCAACAAAUUUUGACGUUAUUUCUUCGAUAUAAAGGUAUUGUUCCACUAACUUAAACUUCCUUUAGCAAAACAUUAUUUAAAAAAUAAAAUUAAUAGAGCAACAAAUUGUUCUUUGGCAACUUUUUAGCAACAAAUGAGCAACAAAUAAAAAAAUUAGUUUGAAUUGAUUCUGCUCACUUUGUUCCGCUAACUUAUAGGACGUGAUUGUAUUGCACACUGAAGAAUAUUCUUCGACGAAUGUUGAACUUUUAAUAAAUGUACAACUAUAUCAAUAUUGGACAUAAUGAAACGAGCAAUUAGAAAUGCAAAGCAGCCAACGCGUUUUGCAGAUAUGGUCCCAUUUGCAACCUCCUCAUCUGAAAACGAGCCACCUAGACGAAAACGUUUAUUAAACGAUUCAGUAUCUAUUAAGGAUGAUAUUCAACAACUCAAAUCAGCAAUGGCUAGUCAUUUUCAGAAAGGACCGAAACGAGAUGAACACGUUCGAACAUAUUCUAAGAAAGAAUCAAAACAAGAUAAACACGUUCGAACAUCUUCAGAAAAUGAACCAAAACAAGAUGAACACGUCGGAAAACUCACGUUGCCAAAACACUCCUUGUCACAACCUUUGCUAAAAAAUAUUUCCUCUCAUUCUAAACCUUUAAGCACGUCAUUUUUACAAAGAAAUCCUCUGACUCCACGUUCUCCAUCUGAUCGUACUGUUCAUGUAGAUUUUCGUAGCAACCGCUCUCUGACUGCACAUUUAUCAUCAAACCGUACUACCAUAGAUUCAUCAGAUUGCACAACCUAUAUAGAUUCUCAUAGGAACCGUUCUAUAACUCCACAAUCAUUAUCGAACUGUACUGUCCAUGUUGAAUCUGAUAACUCUCCGACUCUAUAUUCAUCAUCAAAUCACACUAUUCAUGAAUCUCACGAGAACCGUUCUCUAACUCCACAUUUAUCUGACCGUACUGUUGAUGUCGAUUCCGAUUAUAACUGCUCUCUGACUCCACAUUCACCAUCAAAUCGUACUGCUCAUGUAUCUCAAAUUGAUCGUUCCCCAACUUCUUCAUUUGGUCAACUUCAGCAUACUGAAACACGUCAAAGUACUUCCUACUCUGGCAAGCGUUCACAAACAAAACAAAGGGAUUCGGAUUCUUAUAAUUUCACAUCUGUUUGUUGUGAUACAUCGUCUCUUCAAGAUCAAGAAUUAUUUCCAAAAGAUUUACAAACUCGACGUAUCUACAAUACUAAUGAUGUCUCUCCGUUCCAAAUUCAAUCAAAGAAAUCAAACGAUGUUGCAAAUCCAAGACAAUGUGCAAAAAAUUGUGCGGGAAUUACAUGAUUUACCCAAAAAGAUAACUGAUUAACUCGGGACAUGAUUUAUAAAAUUGUGACAACACUACAUAAUGAGUCGAAGAGAAACAGAGAUUAGAAUAUAUGAAACAUGUAUAUUUUUAAGAUCAACAAUUCGGGACGAAGUCCGAAGGGCAAUUAAGGCUGCUCUUAUUCAAAAUGCCAAGGUUCUUUGCAAACCAACAUGUCUUUCUUUCAAAUCUCCAGAAGACUUAAAGAAUUUCGACAGACUAUCAAACAAAGUAUAUGCCGAUGUUGUUCGAUAUCUUAGUCAUGUUGGUGGCUGGACAGCACAGAGUUGUGCCAACUCUAUAUUAAAGGAGUCUGCAAAUGAUGAAGUCUUUAUUGACUUUACUUUCACGGGAUAUAAAGGAAAAAACAUAUUCAAAAGGUUACGUUUUGCAAAAGCUUGUGAAGAAGCAAUGGCGGCAAACCCCAAUUUUCAAUUAACGCAAACUGUAUUCAAGGAUGCUAUCACAGAAGCAUUGAGGUCGUCAAAACAAUGAUUCCGAAAUCGACAAGAGCUGCAAGUUGAAAAUGCUGAGAAUAGUAGCGAUGAUGAAACUGGUGACUCUUCAAACACCGAAAAUUAAUUAUGAUAAAUGGUACAGUCAUAAAGAACAGUUAUCUAUUCAGCGGAUGCAUGUUUCUCUACAAGAUGAUAACUUGAUUUC